CCCACGUGAGAUUUAGUCCAAAAAAGUUGGGCCCAACAAAUAAAUUUAAAAUAUUAAAUUGGUCAAGAGUACAAGCAUCCACUGCAGGCGGGUUGUACCCCACAUUAUAACUACUGCGCACAGUCGCACUGCGCGCAGCCAGCCGACGAAUCCGAUUUCUCUUCGAUUUUUGCGCCGGAGCAUUUCCGUUUGUGCAAUCUGCGAUCGAAAACGAUGUCGUUGGUUUGUUCUCCGGGCGGCGGAUUCACGACCAUGAAGCUCCGCAAUACACUCCACCAGCCGCCUGCAGGCAGAAGCGCCGCCGUGGAAUUCAACAUUUUCGCGAAGUUUGCGCCUCUGAAUCAGCCGUCGGUUAGGAUCGGCGGCGGAAAGUCGAUACGGAUAAAGUGCGCUGACACCGUGGCGGUGGAAACGAUUCAUUUGCCUGAAAAACCCGAGGAACCUAAAGUCGACGACAAUGGCGGCGGCGGAGAUGGCGUGGGUGGGCGAUUUACUCCUGGCGGCGGCGGCGGAGGCGGUGGUGGUGGGGAUGGAGAUAAUGGAGACGGCGGUGAAAACGAGUUUGGACCGAUAAUGAAGUAUGCUGAGGUUUUGAUUGAGGCGGAAAGCCGAGGCGCGGUUCUGCCUGCUGAUAUGCUCGAGGCGGCGAAAUCAACCGGGCUUCGCAGAUUGAUCCUUACUCGAUACUUGGAUUUGCAGGGUUCAGCUUGGCCUUUAGGGUUUCUAAUGAAAUAUUGCUCAAUGCUUCGGAACCGAAUGUUGGCCGAUCCCGCGUUUUUGUUUAAAGUUGGAAUUGAGGUUGUGAUCGAUUCUUGUUGUGCAACAUUUGCGGAAGUUAGGAAAAGAGGAAAGGAUUUCUGGGCGGAGUUUGAGUUGUAUGCAGCGGAUUUGUUAGUUGGUAUCGUUGUUGACAUAGCUUUGGUCGGUAUGUUGGCACCUUAUGCUCGUAUAGGCAAGCAAUCCAUUGUAUCUAGUGGCUAUCUUGGACGCCUAAAACAUGCUUGUGCAUCUCUUCCCAGCAGUGUUUUCGAAGCUGAGAGUCCAGGAAUCAGAUUUUCAGCGCAGCAACGAAUUGCUACAUACUUCUACAAGGGUGUAUUAUAUGGCUCAGUCGGUUUUGGUUGUGGUCUUGUUGGCCAAGGCAUCGCAAAUAUGAUCAUGACUGCUAAAAGGAGCAUCAAGAAGUCGGAAGAGGACAUACCUGUGCCCCCCUUAGUGAAAAGCGCUGCCCUAUGGGGUGUUUUUCUUGCGGUCUCUUCAAACACCCGUUACCAAGUUAUAAACGGAUUGGAACGUCUUGUUGAAGCCUCGCCCGUGGCUAGGCAAAUGCCACCUGUCGCCAUGGCUUUCACGGUCGGAGUACGUUUUGCCAAUAAUAUUUAUGGUGGAAUGCAGUUUGUCGAUUGGGCUAAAUUGAGUGGUGUUCAAUAAUAUGUUCACUUCUUUUUUGAACAACCGAGGAUUUUAUCAACAGAAUUAGGUAACAUGGAGUAUUUUUCGUUUUUUCCUUCGCUUUUUCUUCAAUUUCUAUGGAAUUAGUACUUUGCAAUGUAUAUAAAUGAUCUUUCUUUUCUAUUAUUAACUGGUUUCUCCAGUUGAGCGGAU